AUGGCCGAAGUCCAAGCCCUGCGGGGGCAGCUCACGCAAGCUGCUGGCUCCGCACGUGUUGUUGUACGCUGCCUUAAUGGCAGCCGCGACCUCCAGGAGUCCUCACAGCGCGCGAUAAUGCUCCUCGUAGAUGCACUAGACUCGAUUUACAGGCUCAAAGACCAGAUCGGCGAUGACGAAAAUAAGGACAACAAAUAUCUCAUUGAGCCGCACCGGCUCGUUGCCCUUGCUGAAAUCCUGGAACGUUUUACGUCGACGAUGAAAUCCAUGGAGCUUUAUUUCCAGCCUGGCGGAGUGGGGGUGACAUACUAUAGGAAGCACUUACUGGAACGGACGUUCCUGGAGCGAUUGGAACAGUACAAGGUCAUGUUGUUGCUGUCCAUGCAGCCGGAUUCUAGUGAGCGAUCGUUCCUGGAUAAGAAAAUACGGGCUAGUCUUAGGUCAGGAGGGGAGGUGGAGUCGGGUCCGAAGGUCGACCUUCAGUUCGAGGAUCGUGUCCUCGGGAUCACGAGUCAGCUUACAACCGAAAAUUUUAUUAUGCUUGCGGACUUGUGUAAUCGGCGGCUAAAAGGGACUGGGCAAUGGAUCUUCGAUGAUGAACAGUAUAAACGAUGGUUGUUGGGCUCUACGAAAACAUUAUACUGUGUCGGUCCACCUGGUGCGGGCAAGACAUUUCUAGCAGCUUCCAUUAUAGAUUCCCUGCAAAGAACGUUUACGUCUCCUGACGUGGCAACGGUGUUUAUCUUCUGCCAGGACGAGAGGCAGAAGGAACAGUCUACACUUGAUAUACUUCAGAACAUCCUCGCGCAACUCGUCUACCGCAAACGGAGUCUCUCGUAUGCAUCGUCCUCCCUGUACCACUCCGAGUCCUUGAUGAAAGUAAAGGCUUCGCCAAAGGUCUACCAGAACGCCAUACGUGCUGAGGUAGAUAGGUUCUCGAAAGUCUUUUUCAUCAUCGACGGGUUGGAUAUGCUUUCCGAUAAGGAACGUCUACUCGGCCGGCUCCAAAAGCUUCCGGACCAGGUACAACUUCUCGUUACCUUGCGGGAAGUGAGUCAGGCCUCAAACUCUCCUCGCGUAACGGUGCUAGCUCCAAGCACGGAUCUUCAGCUUUACGCUAUCUCGAGGAUUGAGAGCGACGCGAGCCUUGUCGACCUACUCAAGCGGAAAUCUAGCCCCCAAAUGUACCAUGAUGUUGUGAGCAUGGUGGCGGAGAAAAGUCAUGGAGUGUAUGUUUCUAUCCUCCUCCCGCUGACCAGUCUUUUGUUCGCUAACAUGACUAGCUUUCUCCUUGCCAAGAUACACCUCGACCUUCUAGCUCGCUAUACAGAAAAGAGCCUCUUCGAAAGAGCAUUAGUACACCUUCCGCAAAGCCUAAGUGAAGCAUACGGAGAAGCGAUGAAACAAGUUGUCAGUCAGGGGCCCAAGGCUGCUUCCUAUGUCUAUUGGACUUUAUACGCUCUUCGUCCUCUAACUGUCGGAGAAUUGAAGUCAGCUACCAGUAGCACUGACAGCCCUGCGAAUGACCAAUUCAUGAGCUUUGAGCAUUCCUUACAGACACAGAGCGCCGGGAUUCUCACUGUCGAUGCUGUAAGCGGAACUGUCCGUUUCGUUCACAGGACAGCCAAAGAAUAUCUGAUCGGCACACCAUCGCGGGUUUUCUUCCCAUCAGCCCAAAAGGAUAUUGCCGAGGUGUGUUUGACGGCCAUUACGCCAGACGAAGUCGUUGAUGACUGCUAUUAUAACGGCGGGAACCCGCCACGCAGUUCCGGCAGUGGGUUCCUAAGCUACGCUGCGAUGUACUGGGGCUUCCACGCACGCGAGGUGCACGAAGACGAGCAAACUAUCCAGGUGCUCAUUAAGACAUUCCUUAAUAAACUGCUUUGGAGGCGACCUCCCCUGCAGGUCCUGACGAACGAGCCUAUGAUUCCGUCUGAGCUGGGUCUGGGCAAAUACCCCCAAGAUUGGACAGCUCUUCAUAUUCUUGCUUAUUUCGGAAUUGUGAGCAGAUGCAGGCGCCUCAUCGCACAAGGUGGAAGAAUUGACGCAGGUGACAAUUCUUUCCGACUCACGCCUUUGCAUUGCGCGGCUAGCAGGGGACACUCAGACAUGGUAGAGUUUCUUCUUGAUAACGGUGCAGAUGGAAACGCCAUUGCUCGCGACGGCAGUACGGCCUUACACCUAGCCACGCAAUAUGGCCAACGAAAAGUCAUGAAACUCUUACUUCAUCGACCGGUUAAUGCUCAAAUAGCCAAUCUUGAGGGCGCGACAAGCCUCCAGCUAGCUGUGAAGACCGAAGCAGACGAAGCCACCGUCCCUCUCCUUAUAAAGAACAAGGUAGAUGUGAACACUCGCAAUAUCCGCACAGGAGAUACGGCACUACAUCUAGCUAUAGAAUGGAGACGACCGCGAAUUGUCCUAUACCUUCUCGAUAAAGGUGCUUCGAUUGAUAUGACUAACGAAAACGGCUUCACCCCUCUCCAGCUAGCCGUGAAAGUCGACAACUGCGAAGCGAUCUCCGUCCUCCUUCAGCGCCGCGCCAACAUUGAAGCACGCUCUUUAUCAGGCCUUACAGCGCUCCAAAUAGCCGCGUACGAAGAGCACUGGGUCGCAUUCGACCUCCUCAUCAUCGGCGGUGCGGAUAUUAACGCCUGGAACAAAGAAGGCGAAUCUCUCAUCCACGAGCAAGCGCGUAAAGCAACAAGCCCUGCCAUCGCAGCUAAGCUCCUUGACCAAGGCGCCAAUAUCGAAGCCUUUACCGCAAAAGGCCUCACUCCACUUCACUGUGCUGCCCUUGAGUCUAACAAGACAAUAAUUGCUCUCAACUACGGGGCUAGUGUCCAUACCGUUUCAAAUGAAGGCUGGACACCCCUCCAUCAGGCGGUUUACGUCGGCACAGGCGCGCCAGACCAUGAAUUCCCCCAAAUAGCAGAAUAUAUCCACCUUCUAGUCAGCCGUGGUGCGGACAUUAAUGCCCGUCUGCAAUCCCCCGCAAGCAACAGCGAAACCUCACUCCACCUUGCCAUCACCGCCAUUGUUACUCGGCCCGAUUUAGUACAGCUGCUAAUCCAAUGCGGCGCCGAUAUCAACGCACCUACGGCAGACGGGAAGACGCCUCUUCAUCUCGCGGCCGAACGAGGGCGCGAAUCAAUUUUCCGAAUUCUGUACGACGCAGGGGCCGACAUGUCCCUUGAGGUCCCGGAUAGUGCGAAGGCUGACGAUGGGCACGACGGGACAGGGGUGGGAAGAACCGCGUAUGAUAUUGCGCUGAGUAACCCGUUCGGUCGGCAUUGGUUCGAGAGUGACGGAAAGCUUAAGCCUGUUGUCAAAGAGGUGAAGAGGAAAGACAGUGUGGAGACACUUAUUGACGAGGAUGAGUUUCAUGGAGAAGGUGAAGGGGACAGCAACGCAGUGAUCAUCGAAGAUAAAGCUGGAGAAGGCUCCGCCACUGAGGCCGUUGAACGUCCCCAGGAGCCAUUACCCUCAGACAACGCCACCCCCAACCCAGUCUUCGCACCCCGGAAAUCAGUCUCGAGAAGCGGGAGCUUGAGCGGGAGCAUCCGCUCCUCAUCUGCUCUCGGCCGCAGCAUCGCCCAGCAUCCCAGGUCAAACUCAAUCGGGGGCGUAUUAUCGCCUGCAUCGUACUCAGAUUCUGCCUCGCCAUUUCCGACGCUGCAGAACAUUAACCAGAAGACCGGGAGUCGAACUUGGAAGGGAAACAGGAGCUUUGAUCGUGAAGCUUGGGGUCAGCUAGAGAAUGGAGUCUCCGUCUCAAGAUCUGGGUCCGGGUCUGCGUCUGUGUCUGGAUCUGGGGAAUGGGCUGGGAGUGGGGACUGCGAUGGUGAUGGAGAUGUUCAAAGUCUGAAUGAGAAACAUGAGCCUGUCUCGUUCGUUCAAAAUGAAACACCAUAUGUGAUUGUUUGA